UUAUUCUGGUGCUUUCUUUCUCCCAUGCCUUUCUGUUGGUCAACAACCAACCACAACACAACUCACUAGAAUUCUUCACUACUCCUACAGGCUUGACGGAGUUAAGCUGUCUGGAGGGAAUCAUUUUAUCUCAAUCAAGAAUGCCUCAACUGGAUAAAUUCACUUAUUUCACACAAUUCUUCUGGUCAUGCCUUUUCUUCUUUACUUUCUAUAUUCCCAUAUGCAAUGAUGGAGAUGGAAUACUUGGGAUCAGCAGAAUUCUAAAACUACGAAACCAACUGGUUUCACACCGGGGGAACAACAUCCGGAGCAACGACCCCAACAGUUUGGAAGAUAUCUUGAGAAAAGGUUUUAGCACCGGUGUAUCCUAUAUGUACUCUAGUUUAUUCGAAGUAUCCCAAUGGUGUAACGCCGUCGACUUAUUGGGAAAAAGGAGGAAAAUCACUUUGAUCUCUUGUUUCGGAGAAAUAAGUGGCUCACGCGGAAUGGAAAGAAACAUAUUCUAUUUGAUCUCGAAGUCCUCAUAUAGCACUUCUUCCAAUCCUGGAUGGGGGAUCGCUUGUAAGAAUGACAUAAUGCUAAUCCAUGUUCCACACGGCCAAGGAAGCCUCCCUCAACCAGAGAGAUCAACCCGCGCCGCCUUUGAUUUUAGGCCGCCGGCGGCGCAGAACGCACUAAUCCGCGACCUGCAAAGGCAUUCUUAUCAUUUGGUAGAUCCAAGUCCAUGGCCUAUUUCGGGUUCACUCGGAGCUUUGGCAACCACCGUAGGAGGUGUGAUGUACAUGCACCCAUUUCAAGGGGGUGCAACACUUCUCAGUUUGGGCCUCAUAUUUCUCCUAUAUACCAUGUUCGUAUGGUGGCGCGAUGUUCUACGUGAAUCCACGUUGGAAGGACAUCAUACCAAAGUCGUACAAUUAGGACUUCGAUAUGGUUUUAUUCUGUUUAUCGUAUCGGAGGUUAUGUUCCUUUUUGCUUUUUUUUGGGCUUCUUCUCAUUCUUCUUUGGCACCUGCGGUAGAGAUCGGAGGUAUUUGGCCCCCAAAAGGGAUUUGGGUUUUAGAUCCUUGGGAAAUCCCUUUUCUUAAUACCCCUAUUCUCCUUUCAUCCGGAGCUGCCGUAACUUGGGCUCAUCAUGCUAUACUCGCGGGGAAGGAAAAACGGGCAGUUUAUGCUUUAGUAGCUACCGUUUCACUGGCUCUAGUAUUCACUGGCUUUCAAGGAAUGGAAUAUUAUCAAGCACCCUUCACUAUUUCGGAUAGUAUUUAUGGUUCUACCUUUUUCUUAGCAACUGGCUUUCAUGGUUUUCAUGUGAUUAUAGGUACUCUUUUCUUGAUCAUAUGUGGUAUUCGCCAAUAUCUUGGUCAUCUGACCAAGGAGCAUCACGUUGGCUUUGAAGCAGCUGCAUGGUACUGGCAUUUUGUAGACGUGGUUCGGUUAUUCCUAUUUGUCUCUAUCUAUUGGUGGGGGGGUAUAUGAAGGAACGAAAGAGUGGAUUGAGGAAUGAAAGCUCGAAGACAAAGAGAGCCGGGCUUUUCCAAAGAAUUACUGCAGCUUUUCCACUCCCUUUGAUUAUCAUAUACAAAAAAGUCUCUUCCACUUUCCUACCAAAUCUCUCUUUAUUUUGGCACAUAAAUGAAGGGAUCGAAGAGAUUAUGGCAGAUUAUGUUCACCAAGAAAUGACCCGAAAUUGGAUCUUGGUUUAUUUGAGAUUGUUCCUUUUAAUCGUAAUCAAAGAUGUUUUCUUGUCUCUCGUUUCUUUUCCGAACAAAUCGAAGAACCUAAUGGAUCGAACUUUCACUCCGGGUGAUGACUGGAUCGCCCCGGCGGGGUACCUCUGACUCAGAGUGCCCUGAG